UGCUCCACACACACACCCUCGUACACACACAGAGCACAGAAGACGGAAGAAGCUGAGUCAGAAACGUCCACCCUUUCACACACACACACACACACUUGCAUGUGUAUAUGGAUAUGUGGCAUUCCUAGACACCAUCUCUAUCUCUAUCUCUCUCUCUCUCUCCUUUACUUUACCUUUGGUUGUGCUCUCUCCCUCCCUCUUUCCCUCUUCCCUUCUCCUUCUCUAGUUUUCCUUCUGCUCUGCCUGUCGCUGGCAGUUGCCUGAGAGAGUGUGUGUUGAAGAAAACAGAAGAGAAGAGGUGCAGGACGGGUCAGGAUGCUGUGGACUCUGCAGAUGUAUGCGUCUACAGGUUUCCCUCAGGGCUGACUGAAGACAAGACAAAAACACUCGAGGCACCAGGAUCCUAACACACAGCUUGUCUGUUUUUUUCUCCUUUGGUUCUCAACCUGUCCAUCAGUUGUUCAUCUUUGUCCUCCUUUUUGGUGCUUUUCCACGGGUUAUUUUGGAAGCCACCCAGAAGAGAAAAUGAGGUCCAGGUUGCCUCAAGCCGCUUUGCAGCCCUUUUUUCUAGGACUGUUGCUGUCACUGGUGGACGCCAAAGGAACCUUCUAUGGAACAGGCCAUGGGAACCCGCUCUAUGGAGGAGGCCAUGGGAACCCGCUCUAUGGAGGAGGCCAUGGCAACAGAUACAACCUGUACAAGUCUGGAGCCAACUCACACUACAGCCCGGGCAAACCCUUGGGCCGUCACAAAAAUCACUGUGCGUAUGUGGUCCAGAAGAACAUCACGUGUAUGAUUGAGGACGGCAUGGCCACCUAUGUGAAGGCAGAGUACACCACCAAGUGCAUCUGGGGUCAGAAGUGUCCUGUCGUCAUGUACCGGACCUUCUACAAGCCCAAGUAUAAGGUGGGCUAUAAGAGAAUUACUGCGCUGGAGUGGAGGUGUUGUCCUGGCUACUCUGGGGAGAACUGCUACGAUGGACCCACCACUCUGCCCCCUUUCAAAGGGGGUGCCCCACACCGACCAGGGAUCAAGGGGUACCCCCAUGGGCAGCCCCAACCUCCCCUGAUCCAAAAACCUGUCCCUGGUGGGGCUAAUCUGGAGCCAGGGAGCCCCUUCCCAAAUCAGCCUAAUAGCAGACCCAUCCCCACUGGACAACUGCCCACCGGGAACGGCAAACCCAACUAUGUUGGUGGAGACCGUCUCGAUCGUAUGGAGGAGGACCUGCUUCGUCUGACCCAGGAUCUGGACAUUCUGAACGGGGUGAUGGCCAGCCUAGAAGACCGCCUGCACCUCUCUCUCCGGGAGGACACAAAAAAUAUGCUGGGCUCCUUGCUCUCCACCGUCCCCCGUCUUUCAGACACCUCUGUUGGCUUUGGGGUGAUCCCAGACGGGACCCCAGAUGGCCUGGAGGGGGGAGAGGGACUCCCUGGGUUCAGAGACCUGGCUGGGAGGGUGACAGAGGUAAAGGAUGAGCUCAAAGCCAAAGGACAUGUGCUUGAGGAGAUACAGGGCAUGGUUCUGGGCCAUGAAGGGCAGCUGAAAAAGUUGUUGGAAGCUGUGACUGGCAGGCCCAUCACUGGGUCAGUCUCUCCCUCCACCCUGGAGGAGCUGCUGGAUGCUAAACUAGCAGGUGUCCGCGCUGACAUCCUGGACGGCUUUGAGAGGCGUCUGUCUGGCCUGGAGAACCACUGUGAGGAGAGGAUAGGAGAGGUCCAGAGACAGUGCCAUAAUGAACACAUGAACGGCCAGGAGCACAUACAGCAGUCUCUGGACGGCAGAGAAACUGGACUGAGAGAGGAGCUGGGUACCCUGCAGGCCCAGAUACAGGGACUGACCCUCACUGAGAGCUGCUGUGGACAGCAGGUGAACAGCCUGUCGCAGAGGAUGUUGAUGCUGGAGGAGUCAGUGAAGGGCUUAAAAGAGUCCCAGCUGGAGCUUCAGGUUUCUCUCACUGACCAGACCAUCCACAUUGAGACCCUGAUAGAGGCCCAUCUGGAAGACAUGGAUGUCAGGCUCAAUGUCACCGAGUCUGGGGACGUAGGGGUUGGCAAGGUGCCUGGGGGUCUGGAUGGCUUCAAGACCCUGCUGAAGGACAAGCUGAAGUCCCUGGAGGAGAGGGUGUUUGUGGCUUUGGAGGAGCUGAGUAACACCACCGCCCCAACUCUGCUGGAGGGUCAGGUGAUGCCUGCCCUGGAGACAGAGAUUGAGUCGGUCAGGAGGAGGGUGGAAGGAGAUCUGGACUGCAUCCAGAGGAAACUCACAGACCUGGAGCUCCUCUGCACCUCCUCCUGCUCCCACGCCACUCCCCCUGGAGGAGGCGCACGGACAGGCCUAGCGGCGGAGUGUGAGGCGGUGGAGAAGAAGGUGUCAGGCCGUCUGGACUCCCAUGCUGACCAGCUGGACCGUCUCAAUACCACCCUGCAGACCCUACUGAGCCGCAUUGCCCAGGAGGACGAGGAAGGCUCUGUCCAGGGAGAGAUCACCCUCCUCAAGAUCAAAGUCAACUCAGUCAACCGCACCCUGAAGGGCCUGAGGGACUCUGUUAGCCUGUUCAGUAAGGAAGUGGGCCAUGCUAAUGCCACGUGGACACACAGGGAGAAUCAGCUAGCCACACAGGUCCAGGGUAUCACCCAGCUGGUGGGACGCCAGGCCUUCCUCCUGGGGGCCGGGGAGCACCGACUAGCCCAGCUAAAGGGGGAGCUGGUGAGCAUGAGGAGGAGACUGGCUGGGGAGCUGCAGGGCUGCCGGAGUACGGCCCUGGGGGUGCAGAGGGAGGUGGAGGAGGUGGAUAGUCGAGUGGCCCAGGUGGAGGGACAGUGUGGUAGCCUGGGGGAGCUGGCGGACAACCUGGAGAGGAUCAGGACAGAGCUGGAGAGACACUCAGACUUGCAACUGUCACAGGUCAAAGGAACGAUGGCCAGUCACUCCACACAGCUGGCCAAACUGAAGGGAGAAAUGAAAGACUGUGUCGGAAAUGGCUCAGCCAAUCAGAGGGGAGACCAGUAACACUUGUGCUAUGGAGAAAGACGUAUGUCCUCUCAUCUUCUGCUCUCCUUCAUCUGCUCAAAUGGGAAACUUGAGAACAGAUUCAUUCCUGCAUUUUCAGAUCAGUGAAGGAGAGGAGAUGAGUAGAAUAGGCCAUUUGAAGCUAUUGAAAUGCACCCUUGGUUGUAUAGUUGGGCAAUAUUUUCCCUCAAGUUUUUCUUCAAAAGGGGCAUUUAGUUUUUUUCUUAUAGUUUUGUUUUCACAUUUUAUAUUGAUAUUAACUGACUUUUUAACUUAUUUGAAGAAAAGAUGACUUCAUUGUUAUACUGUAUUAGACAUAUUUGUGAAAAAUUAUCAACAAAAACAAAGCAAAUGAUAUCCCACUGGGCACAGACGUCAAUUCAAUGUCUAUUCCACAUUUGUUCAACUCAAUUUGAUUGAAAUGAAGUGGAAACAACGUUGAUUCAACCAGUAUGUGCCCAGUGGGUUGGGACUAUGGGUUUCUACCCUGCAAGCACACUCUACUCUCUGUGUGGACUGUCCUUUAAAAAUACUGUAUGUCAAUAUGAAAGGUGCUAGACAUUUGGUUAACAUUCAUUUUUGAGUAUUUCUCCUUAAAGGUCCCGAACAUCAUCAAAAUGACUGUUGCUUCUACAUUGAUAAAGUUGGAUCAUAAAGUCACUGGUCCCCUCCCCCAUGUCAAACGCUUGGAUUCAGGAGGCAGGCCAGAUACUCCUUCCUCUAUCUCUGGACAGGCAUAACCAAGGCUUUACGUCCGGCUUUAUGCAACGUCACAUGAAGCAGGAAGUGUAAAACCCCAACGGUAGCGUCUUAUCAUAUAUAUUAUGUUCUGCCUUAAAACCGACAUCACGUGCCCCUACGCCUUGAUUUGGUCUUGUCAACAAACCAUAAGCCAGUAUCUCGCUCAAACAGAACGUAUGAAGACAUCAGAAAGCUGUGGCUGCUUUUCAUUUCGGGUGGGCAGGAGGCAGCUUUACCAAUUGGGGAGAACAUUCGAUGAGUCGUGCCAAGAAGCUCGUCCUGAAAACGGAUGCCAUCAUAGACAGUGGAUCUUGGAAGCGCUGACCAUAAUGUAAGUAUCAGAGUUCGAUGUCUGACACGGUAGCCAACAUUGUUGGAGAUCAUAGGCCUAACGUCAAAUAAUGCAACUGUGGCUGCUUUGACAUGUAAACGGUAUAUUUUCUAUAACACAGCUGAGUCACUACAGUAUAUGGUUUUUAUCUUUCAUCCCUAAGCCCCCUACAUUUAGUCUUAGAACACACAGCUGGCCCCAAGGGAUGUUGUCCACAAAAGGAAUAUAAUAUUUUGCCCUUUCAUUUCGUUGUCUUACAGUUGAUGUAUCUUGUGUCAUUGGGGCUAGUCAUGAUGAUUUAUAUUUUUUUUUGGGGGGGGGGGAUUAUAGUUAUUAAUUUCAAAUCUGCAUCAGUUGAGCAAUUCACACACACUAAAAUUCAAAAUAAAAACAUUGAAAAGUUUCACAAAAACUGCACAACCAAAUAUUGCAUAUUUCAAAUAAAAAACACCUUGUAGAAUGAGAAAACAAAUAGAAAACACAUUGUAGAAUGAGUAGAUAGAAUCAUAAAAUACAAUAAAAUGCACUACCCAUUUAACAAACAUUUCCCCUUUCAAAAACAUUACAGGCUACGUAGAGAGGCUCCUAGGUCUCCUCUUCAAUGAGAUCACCUUUGAUCCAGCUCCAUAGGUGAGGAAGCUGUGCGAGCUGUCCAUCGCAGGACACCUGUCUGCCCCAGUGUGAGCUGUUGUCUCCCGCUUCAAUCUUUAGGGUGACUGAAGCCUGCUUGAUUGAAGUGAGGUAUAUGGGUUCCUCGCCCCUCCCCAUCAAUCUCUGUAGUUGUAUUUCCUGAAUCAUAAGUAAUUAACUUUCACGUGAUAUGAUAUCACAUUUUGUUAUAGAAACUUUUUAAAAAGCAUUCGGACAGGAGAUGAGUGUUAGAAAUGACACAAAUCAAUGGGUCCUACACACUGUAGGGUGGCCGGGUGCCUAUAUCAGGCACAUGGCUCUAAUUAUGUAUCUUCUGUCAAAUUAUGUCUCACCAUUACUUCUCACCUUUAUUUCUCAUGAGUGUUCUAGUUGAUCUUUUUGCUAUGCUGGCCUAUCAUAGAAUAUAAAAUAAAUGUCUGAUCUUUACAUACAA